GAGGAGAAGGUUUGUGUGAUGGAGUCGAGGCCGAGGUUUUUCCUCUUCUACCUCCUCUUCCUGGCCUCCGCUGCCUUCUCUAAUGCCCACAUCGGGGACUUCGACGAGUACUGGCAGAAGAAGGCUGAAGCGGCACGCGACAGAGCUCAAGGAUCGUACAACCCCGACCCUGAGUCAGUCACCCAAAGCUUCAACGAGGCAGUGAGCAAGGAUCUGGAAGGGAACGUCACAAGGAGGAGCCUUCGCGGCAAGCACAAGUUCAACGGCCCAUGCGUAGCGACGAAUCCGAUCGACAGGUGCUGGAGGUGCAAGAAGGACUGGAUGCAAAACCGCAAGCGCCUGGCCAAGUGCGCCAAGGGCUUCGGCCGGCACACAAUCGGCGGGAAGAACGGGGACUUGUACGUCGUCACGGACGCAUCCGACAACGAUCUCAUCAGCCCGAAGAAGGGCACGCUCCGGUACGGCGUGAUCCAGGACCGGCCGCUGUGGAUCGUCUUCGCCAGCGACAUGAUCAUCCGCCUCAACGAGGAGCUCCUUGUCACCAGCGACAAGACCAUCGACGCCCGGGGGAGUAACGUCCACAUCAUGGGCGGCGCCGGCAUCAUGCUCCAGUUCGUGCACAACGUCAUCAUCCACGGUCUCCACAUCCACGACAUCAAGGCCGGCAACGGCGGCAUGAUCAGGGACUCCGAGCAUCACUUCGGCCUACGCACCAGGAGCGACGGUGACGGCAUAUCCAUCUACGGUUCCAGCAACAUCUGGAUAGAUCACGUCUCCAUGUCCAACUGCAUGGAUGGGCUGAUCGACGUGAUCCAAGGCUCCACAGCCAUCACCAUCUCCAACUCCCACUUCACAAAACACAACGACGUGAUGCUGUUUGGUGCCAGCGAUUCCUAUCAGGGAGAUGCCAUGAUGCAAAUCACAGUUGCCUUCAACCACUUCGGGAAAGGCCUCGUCCAGAGAAUGCCGAGGUGCCGAUGGGGCUUUGUCCAUGUCGUGAACAACGACUACACGCACUGGUUGAUGUAUGCCGUCGGCGGCAGCCAACACCCGACCAUCCUCAGCCAAGGCAACCGAUACAUUGCUCCCCAUUCUCUCGCUGCCAAGGAGGUGACCAAGAGGGACUACGCGCCGCAGGCGGUAUGGAAGGAUUGGACAUGGAGAUCGGAGGGCGACCUGAUGCAGAACGGAGCGUUCUUCGUGGAGUCCGGACCUCCGAACAGGAUGAAGUUCAACACGAAGGAUCUCAUCAAGGCCAAACCGGGGUCCUUCGUCACUAGACUUACGCGCUUCUCGGGUGCUCUCAACUGCUUUCCCGGCCGCCCAUGCUGAAGAUUCUUCAGAGAUCGCGUGGAGGCAGAGAGGAAGGGAAAGAUAUCCCGGAAUAGCUUGAACAAGUGAAAGAGAGCACGUACGUGCUCCUUCUCAGAGAAGAGAGCCAUAUGUAGGAAGUGAAGGUUGA